AUGGAUUCCCAUAUUUCUAAAGAAAACUUGAGAAGUAAGAUUGUAACAAAUCGUUUCGGAAGAAAAACAUUAAAUCUGUCAAAGUGGGAUUUGCUUGAAUUGCCUGAAGCGGUGAUGGAAUUAACUGAGUUGGAAGAACUUUACCUGUUAAGGAAUAAACUUAAAACAAUACCUGAAAAUGUUGGAAAACUAUAUAAUAUUACGGAACUUAAUGUAAGCGAAAACCAGCUGUCCAUAUUCCCUGCAAGUUUGACACAGCUGAAGAAACUCGAAGGGCUGGACAUCUCACUUAACAAACUAACCACCAUCCCUGAUGCCAUUGGUGAGAUGGUGGCACUGGAGGAACUGGAUCUGAGUUACAACCAGUUGACUGUGUUAAGUCCAGCUAUAAAACAGCUGAAGAAACUCAAAUGUCUGAACAUCUCACAUAACAAACUAACCACCAUCUCUGAUGCUAUUGGUGAGAUAGUGGCACUGGAGAGACUGGAUCUGAGUGACAACCAGUUGACUGUGUUGAGUCCAGCUAUAAAACAGCUGAAGAAACUCAAAUCGUUGUUUGCAAAUGGGAAUCCUUUUACAGUUGAAGGAAUGAGAAGUGUUGUGGAGCUAGAAGAUAGAGGAAUAAUUGACCGAGUAUAUUCAGAUCUCCAAGGUGAGUAAAGGAAAUUUCUGUUCACAUUAUUGUUGUGACGUGUGCAUUUACUAAAUUGGUUCUAAUGAUUGACUUGCAAGUGGUUAUUCUGCUUGUUACUGAUUAUUACAGGUAGCUGGCGAUAGUUAAACUGUAAAUACUGUCACAGUUUUUGUGUGGUUUAACAAAGUUGGCAUCACUUGACAAAUACAUGACAUUUGUAAUGGAAGUUUUUGUUCUAAUAUUGAAAAGCUUUAUUUUAACAAUUUGGCUGACAUUGAAAUUUAAGUUCAUCAAUAAGGAAAUAUGAUUUGAUGUGGAAUCAAGAGAGUAAAUGUUAUUACAAAUCAUUCUACGCAGUUAGGAAUUAUUGUUUUGAGUUUUCUUUCUAUUGGAAUGGAAUUACGAAAUGAUAAAAUGUAUCCCAAGUUAAUUCACUGUUAGGAAUUUUUUUUUUUAUUUUUGCUUUCCAUUUGGUUAAUUUGAAGUGUGUAAAAAUUUAGUAACUUGUGGCUUAUCAAACACAAUUCAUAAACUAAUGUGAUUAAAUUUUGUGAAUUAAGUUAUAGGCAUAUAGCUUGAAUUUGUUAUUAGCAUGACUGAAUCCUGAUUAUUAUUUCCAUAGAAUUUACACUGCAGGUGUUUUUUGUGUAAUUAUUUUUAAACUUACAGUUGUUACCCUUUGGAAAUAUGUGCUUUUUUUUUGUACACAAUCAAUUAAUUGGUUAUUGACUCCUCACUACUCGGCAGAAUUAAUUUAAGUCCUUGCCUCUCUCUUGUGUGAUCAGUCACAAGUGGUUCUAAUUUUUAUUGUUCUGAAACAUUGAGUCAGUUUAGAUUUGGUGUGCAUGUUCUCAAACUCAUCACUACAUUUUAUGCCAGAAGAAUUAUUAUGUGUAACUUUUAUGUAAUAGUGGAAUAAAUGCAUUAAGAUCAGAAAAAAAUAAACAAUUUUGAUGGUUAAGUUUAUAUAUACCAGCCUUUAACUCCAACAUUAUUCAUGUUAGGCAUUUAUAGUUGUUGAUUUGUUAACCUUUACCUUUAGUUUGCUUUCUUUUUCAAUUAAUUUUUAGAAAUUUAUCAAUGCGCAAACUACCUUUUUCUUUGUGUUGUUAAAACUCUUUCUUAUUAGGCCCAAUGAGAGAGAGACUUAAAGCACAGCUGACUUAUGAAAGGGCUUUGCAAGAUGGAUGUGUCAUGGUUUACCGUGGCAGAAUAUUACUCAUUGGUCAGGAUCGAGCAGGUAAAACCAGUUUAAAGAAGAGUCUGCUAGGCCUUCCAUUUGACUCUGGAGAACAGAGCACCGAGGGGAUUGAAGUGGAUCCUUCAAAGUGUGAAAUUGAUGUUGACCAAGCUGCAAGGAACUGGCAGUCCAUUGGUGAGAAUAAACCAGGACUAUUGGAAUAUUCUAAAGAUGUGGCAAAGAUUGUUGCAGAGAAACAGCUGAAAAUGCAAAUGUCUAUGCAGCAAGAAAAGCUGAGACAAAAAGACUCAGAUAAAAGUUCAAAAGAAGAUUUUGAAAAAGAUUCAGCCCACAUAUCACCUGCAGAUUUUGAAAAGGGAUCUUUAGGUAGUUACAAACAUGGCAAAAAAAAGGUAAUAUCAGAAUUUUAAAAAUGUUCUUCACACACAUGUUUAAGGCAGCUUUUUAUGACAGUAUAGUUUUAAAUAUUUAAUGUCAAAUGAAGAUUAUGUGAGCCUUAAAGUGAAGCAAAAAUUAAAAUUGUUCAAUUUUUUAACUGAUUUUUUUUACUUUGUAGUGGUCUUAGCCAAAAAACAGGGAACUGCUUGAAGUCUAAACAAUAAUUUCCCUCCCAGUACAUGUACUCUCAUUUUAUCUAAUUUACAUCAAACUUUGACACAGUUAUUUGAGAUGUGUAAUGAGUUUGCUGGUGAGACUGCAUCAGUGUGGUACUGAGAGUUAAUAAUAUCCCCUUAUUUGAUAAUUUACUUAGGUUGAGGAUAAAGGAGAUUACCCAUCAAUAGGUGCUAUGGACAACAUUAGCAUUGAACACUCAAUGGACUGCAUUUUAGAGGAGCCCAAGGUAAUUAUUGAUGUUGCUCAACCCCCUGAUACUGAGAAGCAUGUUCAUCAGUGGUUGGAGUAUUUCAAAGGCAAAGACAUCAAAAGUGGUUUAUUCCAAGAAGAAUCCUAUUACACAAUGGAUUUAUGGGACUUUGCAGGGCAGCACCUGUACUAUGCCAGCCAUCCUAUCUUCUUAUCACAGCGAGCACUGUACAUAUUGGUGCACAAUCUCAGCAAGCCUUUGGAUGCUACAGCUGAGCCCUGCAUGAGACAAGGGAGUAAUGAUGUGAAAUUGGAAAACCCUAACAAUGAAACAAACAUGGAGAAUUUGCUGUCAUGGCUGGCUACAGUACACAGUGUUGCCCUGCUGGCAACUGAUGACCCAGAUGAUGAUGCACAACAUAAGCUGCCCUACCUCCGCCCCCCAGUGUUUAUUGUUGGAACACAUGCUGACAAACCAGUUGAAGACAUAGCAGUAAUAAAGAAACAAAUACAGGAGAGAAUUUCUGGUAUGGAAUAUGAGAAGAAUGUGGUCAAACCCUUAUUCUGCAUUGACAACACUCAGAGGCCAAACUUGAUCAAGAAAUUUAUCCAGAAGAUUCAAAAGCUGAGAGGAAAACAUGAAACAGGUAAGAUAUUUGAUGUCAUAUUGUAUCCUUGACAAUGUGUUACUUGCAGUAAUUGAUGGUUUAAUAAUUGGUUACUAGCGUGUCUUUGCAUCAAUUCUUGGAACACUUAAUUUGUGACCAUUUUUUUGUUUAAUCAAAGACCCAUUUCUGACCCUCCAUGGGAAAAUGGACAUUAAUGCUUUUCAUUUAAACUGCAAAACCGUUUACUAUCUGCUUAAAUCCAUUUAAAUGGUUCAUGAAAGUGUUUAAACAAUUUGCUCAUCCAUUUAAAAAAAAUUGCAUCCGUCUAACCCUUUUGCUAAAACAUUUAAGCGCUGUGCUAGUCCAUUUAAGAAAUUUUGCGUCCGUUUAAGAAAUUUUGCGUCCAUUUAAAAAAUUUGCAUCUGUUUAACACUGUAGCAAAAACGUAUAAACAGUUUCCUUCAGUUGUCUGUUUAAAAAAAAAAUCUAUCUGCUCAACAUUCCAGAGAAACUUUAAACCGUUUGUUUACCAUUCUGUUAUGAGCAGUUUGAAGUAUCAAUCCCACGUUUGGUUGAUACUUGCCAGUUCUUGAAAUGCAGAAUGACCAUAUCUUAUUUUGGUUUUAUCUUUUCCAUGAUCAUAGAAAGUGAGUAAUUGUCCCAUUCUUGGACAAACGAGUUAAAAUAUCCAGUUGUAGAAACGUAGAGCAUCAAGAGCCAAUGAAGCCAUUCAUUUGACUAUGAUACUGCCAUCAAUCUUGUUUGAUCAGAACAGUGCACCUGAUCUUUGUUUACAUAUUUGGAGAAGGAGAAGGAGCAGGAACUCUUAUGAAAAAGCUAUUGUUUCUUAAUGUCAGUUCAUCUACCCUGUCUAUUUAGCAGGCUUAACAAUUAUCACAAAUUCUCAGCAACUGGAAAGCUAUUUUGUUGUGGUAAAUUGAUAUCAAUGUUUAUAGAUUGAUGUAGAUUGUUGGCAAGCAUUGAGCAUUCAAUAAUUAUUAUUUGACUUACAUUUACAUGUCAUCCAGCAGUUGUGUUGUGUGUCAUAAUUUUAAAAGGUUGGUAGACAUGCAGCAUGUUUAAGAGGGAGUGGUAAUUAAGGGAAGGAUACUGUCUUGGUUGAAUGACUUCAGGCUUAUAGUGCAAGCUUAAGUCAGAGUUGUUUAAUUUUUUUAUUAGCUGCAGUCUUCUUAGCUUUCAGUUACUUUAUGUACCAGCAUCACCAUACUAGGCCAUAGACAUUUUUGCAGACAGAUCCAUUAAUUUCAGAGUUUGAAAUAAGGAACAGAAGAUGAUUUGGGGAGUUGAAGAGUUUAUCAUCUUAGCUAUGUUGUCAGCUAUAACAUAUCAGCAAUCACAAAUCUAUGCUACAAACUAUUCUCAUUGUAAACACAUGUUUCUGUGUUACAUUAUGUUCUGCAUUCAUUUUCUAAACAUAUCCAGCAGAGGAAGAAGGAAAAGUAGAUGGAAUAAAAGAAUUGCAGAACAAAAUCCUGGAUGUGUUGAGGCAGGAGCCUUAUAUGGGGGAGAAAAUACCUGUCAGGUAAAUGAAAGUAACAUUUUAUCUGGAAAACCUCAAUUCAUGGACUUUGGGAUCAAUGUUUUUCAUGUAUUCAAGUGGUUAUGAAAAGGUUUUUGAAGAGCAGUCAGUGUUUUCAGCAUUACUGUAUAUGCAUAUAAAUGUAUAUGAACACAAAAAUAUCUUACCUCCAUUAGUUUGAAGUUCAUCAAAAUUCUUAAAACAGAAGACUGUACAAAUACACAGCAGCCAUAUAAGUGCAAACAAAUAAAACUCUAAUUCAUGAAAUUGUAACAAUAUUGUUUUUUUUAAAAAGGUGCGAAUGUCUGAUGCAUAUUUGAGAAGGCACAACUCUUUGAAUUGAGAUUGUUUAUGUGAAAAAUAGAACGAUGUUUGAACUCUUGUAAUGUGUGGAGAAAGCUAGACCAAGGAAAUAGAUGAAUUACCACUGGAAGACUACAAAUAAGCACAUGUCUGACUGAAGUUAAUAUCCAAUUUUAAACCCAAAAACAUUUUAAUUAUUAUGUUGCCUUCUAGAUGGUUUUUGUUCGAAAAGGUGAUUGAAGCUUUGGUGGCUAAACAGAUUUAUCACAGAAAUCUUCAACAACUUGAGCACUAUGCAAAGAAAGAUUGUUUCAUGAAAGAUGCAAAAGAGUUUGAGUCCAUGAUCAGUUUUUACCAUGGCCUGGGGAUGAUAAUCAAGCACCGCAAUACAGUUGUACUGAAGGCUCAGUGGUUGAUUGAUCUGUUCAAACAGCUGAUAACCAUACCACCUUUCAAUAAACAGGUAGGAAAAAAAUUCAUUUUUGAAAGGACAACUUAGAAAUUUUCAAUAAUUUAGACCAACAGAAAAUGAGAGGAAUUUUUUUUUUUAAUAAAUCAGCAACUAAUGCAGCAGCUGUAACUCUUUGAUCUUUACAAUUGUUGGACCUCAAGUUAUUUCAUGUACCUUUUGCAGCUUUUCAGGUCAUAAACUGAUUCAGCCUUUUUACUUUACAAGAGACUUGCACUAACUUGCUACCACUAACAAUAAUUGUAGUCACACAAAUGAACAGUUCCUUUUUGCUUGCGCUAAAUGGCUUCUGUGGUGAUGAAUAACAACUAAUAAUCACCUCUGAGGAGCCUAAGAUACAAAAUUGCACAUUAAGAGUGUAAUUUCCAACCAUUUCGAUACCAUUAUUUUCUAGUUCUUGUACAUACAUGUUGAAAACAUACAAAAGGAACAUUUAGUGGACUUCUCUUAUCUGGAAUUACUAUCACUUAUUUUGUAGAAUGCUCAAUAUGCUAAUUACUGGCGGGAACUUGAAGGAAGUGGCAUCCUUAGCAUGGAACAUGUUGAUUACGUGUUCUCCAGCUUUAUUGGGCCAGGAAUCAUUAGAGAAGACAUCCUGGACAUGAUGGAGCAAUUUGGUUUAAUCGCUAAGUUCUCUGUUUCCCCAAAUGAGGAGAAGUACUUUGUACCAGCUCAGUUGAAGUCAUCACCUGUAGAACUCUGUAAGAUGGAACCAUCAUCAACUGAUCCAUGUCCAUUGUAUCUCCUCUUUGUCCAUGGCUUUGUCCCUCAUGGUCUUUUCUUGCAGCUUGUCUCACAAUCCAUUCAUUGGUGUUCAAAGACAUGGGCCACGCAUCAACCCACUCUGUACCAAAAUGGAGCAUGGUUCAUCAUUGGAAAAGAUAUUCAUGAUUUUGUCCUCAUAUGCAAAACAGGGUUUGUGAAGGUAAUCUUGAGAAAAAAAGCACAAAGUUAUCAGGUUGUAGGACAGAACUCUGUCAAAUUAGCAACUCUCGUUCGUGAAUUUCUUGAAGACACCCUAAAGAAUUUGUCACAAGAAAUGCCAUACCUGAGGGGAAUGCAGUAUAGGCUGUGUGUUGCAUGUCCUAACUGUCAUCAAGGGACAGAAGAAAUACGUCGUGCAUGCUCAGACCACAUGAAAACCACUUGCACACACAAGGACUGCCUCCACCUCAUUGAUGCAAAUGAAGGUCAGCCGGACAUCUGUAAGCGAAAACCUUGGGAUAUGGUAGAACCAGUUUGUGGAUUGGAGAAAUGGUUCUUGAAAAGAAGAAGCCAGGUAUAAUUGACUGUAAUGAUCUUUCAAGCAAAGAUUUCUAGCCUCAGUUUCAUGUUUGCUUUGCUCCUCUAAUUUACUUGAUGUGAAUAUCAAUUGGGCUGUUAUCAGUGUUGAGAAAGGGAGCCCUAAUAGGUUGUCUUCCGUUUUAAAUAUGAGUCAGAGAAUUUGUGAUAAGAUGAAAUUAUUUUUGAAUUCUAUACUUCUUCGUUUUACCUUGGUAAAGUAUUGAUCAAUUAAAAUUUAUAUGGCCACAACCAAAGUUUUUUCAAUGUAGUUACAACUUUUUUUUCAAUGUAGUCAUAAUCUUAUAUGACCCUUUUCUUCUUCAGGGGUUGUCCUCUUCAAAUGUAGCUGCUAGAUCACAUGAUGAAGCAAGUGAAAUCAAUCCAAAGAAGUGUGCCGCAGCAUUGAAGGUGACUCUCCUUGGCAGUGAAUGGAGUUCGUCAAUGGGGGGCUUGUCCACCAUCAACAGAAAGCUUGCCAUUCUGUUGGCCAAACGCUCUGAACUGGACGUUACUCUCCUUGUCCCACAGUUUGCCUGUACUGAUGAAGAGAGGAGAAUGGCAUCCAGUCACAAUGUUUCCAUCCAGGAAGCCGAGAAACUUGAAGGCUUCAGUGAUCCUCUUGAAUGGUUGAGUUUCCCACCAAGAGACCUUGACAUUGACUUUGUGCUGGGUCAUGGUGCAAAGCUUGGUAAGCAAGCCCAAGUUAUCAGAAAGUCUCACAAUUGCAAGUGGAUUCAGGUGGUGCACACUGCACCCGAAGAACUUGCAAUGUUCAAAGACUUUCCCAGUGCUAUUGCCAAGGGUCAGGAGAAGAAUUUAAUCGAAGUGGCGUUGUGUAAGUUGGCAGAUGCUGUGCUAGCAGUUGGACCAAAGCUAACAGAGGCUUUCUCCCCUCAGCUCUGCUCAUGCAAAAGUGAGGACGAAAUCCUUCAACUGACUCCUGGAACUUUCGGUGAGUUCUUUGACGUAAAACAAACCCUGAAGGAGCGUAACAACUUCAGGGUACUGACGUUUGGCCGUUGUGACCCAGAGGACUUCAGCUUGAAAGGUUACGAUAUCUCUGCUAAAGCAAUAUUUGAACUGAAAGACAUGUCUUAUCAUCUGAUUUUCGUGGGUGCACCUGACGGUAAACAGGAUGAGGUUGCAGACAAUUUACUGAAGAGUGGAAUUGAUAAAAACCAGCUGACCGUGAGGAAGUUCAUGCAAAGUAAAGAGGGAUUGAAAGAAUUAUUUUGUGAAGUUGAUCUUUGCAUCAUGCCCUCUAGAACAGAGGGUUUUGGUUUGACAGCGUUGGAGGCAUUGUCUGCCGGUCUUCCCAUUCUUGUCAGUAAAAACUCAGGAUUUGGUGAAGCACUGUGCACUUUACCAUCGGGCAAAUCAUUCGUGGUGGAGUUUGAGGACCCCAAGGAGUGGGCAAAGGCAAUUUCUGGUGUCCGACAGAAGGAAAGAUCAGUUCGACUUCGAGAUAUUCAGCAGCUGAGGAGUUCAUAUGAAGAGAAGUUUAGCUGGGAAAAACAGUGUGACCGUCUUGUGGACAAGAUGUUCGACAUAGUUCAUGGUGAGAAUGUUUUCAAUAUCCUUUAUAGUGUUUUAGGGGGAUACUCGGCUUUCGGUCUCUUUUAACUGUGACGGAAAGCAUGAACACUUCGUAUAAAAAAGAUGUUAAACAUGAAUAGUAAUCAGUCGUUUUAUCUUCUUGUUUACUGUGAUGUUAAGAUAAAAGUUUCUUUCUAUCUCUUUAGCUUCCAAAAGACGAGACACAAGUUUCAGAGCUCGGCAGGUCGAAGUUGUUGAUACGUCAACCGAACAACUAACAGUGGAUUCAUUACUGAAUCCAAGUGAGUAAUAAUAUAUUAAUAACACACGAUAAUUGACAUCCCUAAAGAAGUACAGAAGAUUACAAGGAGAUCCUGCGAUUUUAUUUUCUUAACUUUCGACUUCAGGCCUGCAAUGCUUCGUGAAAACUUCGUGAGGUACUUUUGAUAACGUUUCUUACUAAUGAGACAUGUUUUUAAUUAUACUCCUGCACUCUUCAGUCACAAACGUAAGACUUGUAUAAACAAAUUUGAUUUUCUUUCACUUUCUGAUCCGGACGGACGACUUAGUGUUCUUUGUUUCUUCUAUUAAUUUAAAGUUUUCAUCCCAUUUCAAUUGGAAACUACCAUAAAUUGUCUAAACCAGGAAUACUUGGGGCACUCUUUUACUUUUUCUCAAAACGAGACCAAAGUUCAAUAUGCUGCUCCUCUCAAAACCGGUUUAUGUUCUAUUCACAAUGCAGUCGUCUUUUGACACAAUAUUGUAGUAAUCACAUAUUCAUACGGUAGAGGAAAUACAUCAAUAUAUUUUUGAAGCCUGUAAUUUUUUUUCCAGGAUUCCUUUUUCCAGUUACACAGAUAUGUCAGAGCUUAGACCUUGUCCUUAAUUUUUCUCGUCUGCUUCUUCUCUCUUGAUUAUUAGUGUAUUCAUUCACGGGCAGAUAUCGAACUUAAAAAGUGACUUAAAUAACAGUAAGAGCUUCCUUUUCAAAGCUGAGUUUCUGGACAAAACAGUAGAAGUCUGAUGGUUGAAGCCGUUCUUUUUCUUAUUACCUCAAAGUUUCUCGUACUAGAUUGAGGAUUGUGUUAUUUUCGCUUCUUUCAUGCUGUUAGAUUAAUAGGAACUUUGUCUUUUCUAGGUUCUCUUGACCGAAUCAUCCAGGAACUUCGGCAGAUGCAACUCGAUGCAAGCAGAGUCAAGAGCAGAACAGAUCUAUCAUUGGGGCUGAGGAAUAUUGCAUCAGACAGGGGUUUCAGAAUAUCUGACAAUGAAGGAUUAGGAAAUUGCAUGUUCUAUGCCUUGUCCGAACAACUGGAAAUUGUUAAGGGAAUCAAAAUCCCACAUGGCGAAUUAAGACAAAACUUGGUUCAGUAUCUCAGGAGUAACCCAAAACUUGUAAGUUGAUGUUAGUAUGUCUAACAGAGUAUGUCAAGUGAUGUUAUUUUAAGAGUAUGAUAAAGGUUUAGUGAUAAUACAGGCCACUUGGCCAACACCACUAGAACCUAUCCCAGUGUUCACAGGGUGAAGUGGCCAGGAGUACUGUUACUCUUCCUGUAUGGAAUGAUGGUCUUUUCUUGAGGAGCUCUUAUACCAGCUUAAAUCCCUGGUGGAAAGGGGAACUUGAAAGAUUCAAAUUCAUGAUUUAAGAAGCCACACAAUGACGUUGGUUACAGUUAAAUUCAUAUGUUACUUAAUUUCUUUUCCGAAGAAGUAGGCCACCACAGUUUUGGUCAUUAGAAUAUAACCAAGUUUCAAAAAAGUUCCAUUUAAACCUCCAUCAGAUGACAGAAUUCUAGUCAUUCUCUUAAUGAUGGAUCUUUCUUGUUGUUUUCUUGCUGUUUGCAAAGCGUUUUGGAAUAUAUACGGACGUUUUAAAAGACGUUUCAAGCACACAAUUUGUUACUAUGCAAUACAUUGCUAAUUAAAGGUCGUCUCGUACCAUUCUGAUAAAAUUACUCCCUGACUCGUACUCCACGCGCUCAAGUUUCUAUCAACAAUCCUUUGAAGUUUCCUUCUUUAACUGAUUCUUCUUACAGCCGGAUGGAACAGAUCUGUUUCACUUUGUCCAUGGACAUCAAACAUGGACUGAGUACCUUGAACAAAUGGAACAAGAUGGCACUUGGGGUGAUCACGUGAUUCUGUGUGCCGCAGCGAACCACUUUAAAACGUGCAUUCGUGUGGUCAGCAGUCUAUCCCAUGGCAAUGAUGUAAUCAUUACGCCACAUUGUGCCGUUGACGAAAGCAAACCUCUUGUGCUGGGACAUAUUCAUGAGGUGCACUAUGUCAGCCUUCAACCCGUGCAAGGUACACUCGAAUUAUCAUAA